AUGUCGGUGAAGAUUGGGUUGUGGGGAGGACAAGGAGGGGAUGCGAGUGACAUCAGUGUCCGACCCAAGAGGCUACUAGGUCUGACAAUCUUCAGCUCUGAUUCAGUCAGAUCCAUUGCCUUCAACUACAUCGGCGAGGACGACGAGCAAUAUUUCAUUGGUCCAUGGGGUGGCGCCGACGGCUUUUGUACCGAUAUUAACUUAGACUCGUCGGAGUACGUGACGGAGAUUUAUGGAACGCAUGGUCCGGUCUAUGAGCUGACUGACGUUGUCACGUACCUUAGGAUUGUUACAAAUGUUAACAACACCUACGAGGUUGGAAGACGGAAUGGAACUGAAUUCAGCAUCCCACUACAAGACUCUGCCCAUGUCGUUGGAUUCUUUGCACGGUCUGGAACGCUUGUCGAUGCAAUUGGCAUCUACGUCGAUCCUUGA